UGUGAGUGUUAACGUUGAGUUGUUUACUAACUGAACCUGGCAGCUCAGACCCUCACCUUAAGAGUUAAUACUACCUCUACCUCACACCAUGGACCUCCUAGACUCUAUAAUGAGCAAAAUGGAUAAGCCGCCGAGCAUGAAUGAUAAACAUAAGAAACUAAUAAGAGAGCAACAGAAAGCAGUUGAAGAGGCCAAAAGCAAGGAAAGAGAAAGAUUAAACCAAUUCAGAAAGCAUAUUGAAGAACGAGUAAAUAGAUUUAUUCAGAAUGUCACCCUAAUGAAGAAGAAAUUUGAACCAAUGGAGAGAGUGGCAAGAAGCAUUGUGCGUGACGUAGCGGAUGUUGCUGGCCUCACCACCUAUGCUUUUGGCAACGAGGAUGUUGACCGUCAUGUGAUGGUGUUCAAGAAAGAAUACCCACUGACUGAGGAUGAACUGGAGGCUUAUAAGAAUGGAGACGAGUGGGACCCAGAGAAGGCAAAGGAAACAGCACUACUUAAAGAAAAACAACAACAGGAGGACAAGGUGAGGGCACAACAGAUGAAGAAGGACCCCGGCUCUAGCAAAUUCAUCGAGAAGUACGAGCGUUUGGUGGGCAAAGAGACCGGCAAGGAAUCGGCAAGAAUCUUAGAAGUUAAUAAACAGUUUGGCUAUGUUCGCAGUGAACUAAAGAAGGACAAAAGAACUAUAGAAGAAGCAUUAGCAGAUAUCAGAGCCAAGAAAAUGAAGCGUGAACAAGGAGAACAGGAAGGAACAGAAAAUGACACCCAGAGCGGAAAUGAGGCACAGCCGUAACAUUUAUUGGCAUUAGUAUGUUGUUAACUUCUUUAAGGUAUAUGCCCUUUAUAUACUGAACCUUUAGAUACCAUAAGUACCUUUAAGUUAUGUUGAAAGUUUUCAACAUUUGUGAAGAGUGAGAUUUUCAGAUUUUUCUCCAGAAUGUUCCAUGAAGACUAUGAUUACGUAUUUUAGUAUAAACAUUAAUUGGACAUUUUGUCUUUUGGAUCAUUCAUGUGAUUUAUAUUUUUAGGAGGAAUACAGAAUAAAGUUUAUGAGAUCUGUAUUCAGGUAGUGAAAAACCCUCCAGGUAGUUCAACUGACUUUAUGUUCAGGUGAUAUAAGUUCCACUAUGACUGAAGGAAGAUUAUACCUUGUACAUCAUACAAUGAUUGGUGAGGUCGAGUAUUGUACAAGAACAACCAAAAGGUGUGUUUUUGUGAACAGGUUGUAGAAGUAAGAUAGUUGUACAAGUUAAGUUACCAAGAUUGAUAUUAACCCUCCAAACACCUUUUCCUUAAGAGGGAAGCUCAGAUAACACCAUCCUGAUAAUUAUUUAUGUUCCCAGUUCCUGUAUUUAAGGAGAGUUGAUACUUUUAAAAUAAUAUAGAAGAAAAUAAUGCCUGAUUAAACAAGAUAUGCAGUAGUAAGGCUCAGUGUGGUGUUGAGGCCCUGAACACCUGCUCCAUUUUUCAUAAUUUAAAAUGUUAUGACUUAAUUUCUUUGCCUUAAAAAUUAUUAAGUGUUUUUUAAUGGUUAAUAAAUUUAUAAUGGAGCAGGGAGUGUUUCAGGGUGCAGUAAUUAACAAUAAAAAUUAUAUUGUUUGUUGAUCCUUGUGCAGUUAUUUCAGAGUUUAAACAGCAGUCUAUUAGAUUGUUAAGUAUAGUUUUGUCUGUACAUCUGUCCAUAGACAUAGCUAAGCUACAUGGUGUACCUAUAUAGCUCAGAUCGGUGGUGCCGUGCGAGUAUCUCCGAUCAACCAUAAAUGUGGUCAUGAACCUGUUGGUGUAGCUCGUGUUUUGACUCAUUUAGUGGAUGUUAACUUUAAUAAAACAAUAUUAGUGAAAUAACUCAGGAUAGCUCUCAACUCUUGGAUAUAUUUAUGGUAACAUCUGCCAUUAUGGUUAUUAAACUCAAAAUCAUUUACUAAUUUCUGUGGGAUACAAUUAUUAUAUCAUGUAAAUUUCUGAAUACUAUAUAAUUUUACAUCAAUGGGCCAUGCAUCACUCAUACAUGGUCUCCUACACCUACAAAUUUGACUUUCAUUCUCGCCAGAUAAUAUUGUACAGAAUAAUUAAAAUGUUAGAUAUAA